AUGUCCCUCUACUCGCCCUCCCAUCAAGCCCCGAAUGCAUUGAAUGGUAUCGGCGACAUGAGCGAUGGAUCAGGUACUAUCAAUCCCGCCGCUCUGAAUAGUGGUAUUCUAGCUGCCAACGCUAUUGAUCCCUCCUCCUCCCGGGGAAUAAAGCGCAGUCGCUCGCCGGAUCACCAGGGCUACGCCGACUACUCUCACGGCGACGAUGACGAUGAUUCCAAGCCCCGCAAGCGUGGUCGCCCUCCCAAGACGCCGCGCACCUCGGGUGAAUACACUGGCCAAGUCCACUCCUUACCAACCCCAUCCAGCCAGGUAUCUCCCGAUCUAGGCCAAGCGCCUCAGAUACAUAGCCAAGUCCUUCCCGUGCAGCCGACGACAGGUUCGCAGACAUCACCGUCCCGCACCACGCCUCAGAAAGGCGCCACCCUCAAGGCUCUCCCCACAGUCAGGGAUCACACCACCGAUCAACUCGGUCCUGAAGGCGAUGAAUAUGUCGCGCGCGAUUUCGAUGAUGCUGGCGAGAAGAAAGUCGAUAGCCUUGGCAAUCUGCUGGGUCCUCGCGAGUACAAGAUACGCACCUUCAACCUCCCUGGUCGAGGCGAGAAGCUGUUUAUGCUCGCUACCGAGUGCGCGCGCACACUUCAGUAUCGCGAUUCGUACCUGCUGUUCAACAAGAAUCGCUCUUUAUUCAAGAUCAUCGCCAGUGUCAAAGAAAAGGAGCAUCUCGUGAAUCAAGAUAUUCUACCCUACAGCUAUCGGUCUCGUCAAAUCGCAAUAGUGACCGCUCGUUCGAUGUUUCGGCAAUUUGGGAGUCGAGUCAUCAAAGACGGCCGACGCGUCCGCGACGACUACUGGGAAGCCAAGGCCAUCAAGCAAGGCUUCACCGAGGCUGAUCCAGCUGGCGAAAAAAGACCAGGCGCCGCGCGCGCCCGUGAGCAGGCUGCUCAACAAGAUGCGCUACACGCGCGCCAGUUGUCUGCAUAUGGUGAUGUGGUCUAUAGUAAUGGACCUGGUUUCGGCUCCAUGGUGACAAUGCCACCUAACGCCGGAAUGCUGCCUGGCUUCGACAUGAGCUACGAUCCCAAGUAUAGGGAUAUUCAACGUCCUCGGCAGGAGUUGGCCGGAGCCCCAUAUCUCGACAUGACGCGCCCUAGUACGGAAACUGAUAUGGCCGGCCAGGCUGGACAUGCUGCCGAUUACAGCCGCAACAUCAAUCAGCAGGGACAAUACCGCCGAAAGAUUGUGCAAGACUACUGGGCGCGCCCGCACGACCCGCCUGUGACCACUCCACCAGCUCAAGAGUCCGAUGUGACGGCCACUUCGCGAGAGUACCCAUCGCCUCGGUUCGCCAGCAACGACGUGACAGCGUCACAAGCUGGCGCAAGUCAAAGCACGACUCAGGCUAUGAAUCCGCCGUCAUUCCCUCACCAACAGAAUCCAUUGCAGUCACCCUCGCGGCAAUCUCCUAUGGGUCCGGGUUAUGCACGAGAUGGCUCUGCUCAAUUCACCCCGCAGCACCAGCAGUUCCAGCGCUCGUCCUCGAAUCUCUCCAUUUCGCAAAGCGCUUCUCAGCAGCCAGGUAUGCCAUUCAACGCAGGAGGGUUUUCACCUCAUGCUAUGCCGCAACAAUCACAAGGGUGGGGAGGUCCUCCACCACAGCCGCACCAGUCUCCUUCGAUGCACCGGAUGAAUUCUGCCCAGUAUCCUGCUGGUAUGAGCCAGGGCGGCAUGCAAUCUCCGAUGCCUGGCCAUCCAAGUCAAUCACCGCAUCCCCACCAGAUGCAACCGCCUCAAAUGCCCAUGAUGCACCAUCAGGGCAGUGGCGCCAUGGGCGGACAGCAAUUGUUCGGCCCUGGAGCCGGAUUGCAGGCAAUGAGUGCUGGUGGCUUUCCUGGGAUGAACAUGGGCGGCCGUGCAAUUUACGGCAUGAAUCAAAACCAGUUCAUGCAGCAAGGAGCACAGCAGCCGGGUCAAGCCUGGGGACAACCAAGUCAAAGCAACCAAUGGAGUGGCCAGUUCCAAUAG